AUCUAAUGAUUUCUUGCGUUGUGGCAGGAACAAGAAAAAGACUGAAAUAUACAUUCCGCCCAUUUUUUUUUCUUUUCUUCUCUGUCUCUGAGAAGGAACUUGUACGCUCGUCUUUUUAACAAUAUACACUAUUCGGAUUAUAACUUCCUCAUGGUGCAGUCAAGCAUAGUCGUGUCUGAAACGAAUAAAGCUCUUAAAAGGCAAACAGACGAUACAGGCUCUUCCGUCGAGCAGCCAAACGAGGAGGUCAAAAGACCACGCCUAACAGAUACCGAUGCAGCUACAAAACAACGAAAUAAACGAUUAUUUGGUACACUGCUAGGCACGUUGAAUAAGUUUAAGGACGAUGUUGCAAAGACGAGUGACAUUGACAAGAACCGACAAGCAAUCAACGAAAAAUUGCAAGAGAAACUUGAUCAGGAAAGGAAGGAGCUGGCAGAAAAGUUAAAAGCACGUAGAGAAGAGAAACUUCGCUUAGAAGAAAUGAAGGCACAGCGCGAGAGAAAACUGUUGGAAGAGAAGAGAGAAUUAGCAGAAAUUAUACAAAAGGAAAAAUUAGCAAACUUUCUGAAAACGACGACGGAGCCAGCUCUAUAUUAUUUACCACAAAAGUUAACAGAUCAAAUGUCCGAGACGAUAAAAGACCAAAAAGAGAAGGCAUUAGAGGCAAGAAAACAGUUUGAAUUAAAAAAUAAUGACGACAGCCUUUCAGAUACAGGCGAUCGGUACCGCCACCAUAAUAAGGAUCGUGAUGCUUACGAGGACAAGGAUGAAAAUGUGGAUGAAGCAAAACAUAAAACUGCUGCCGAAGAAGUCGAGAUCAACGUGAAUGCGAACGCAGUAACUGAUUCUGCGAAUGAUGUGGCCAAACCUACUGAUGCGAAGACGGAGGAUGACGCGAAAAUAGAGACUGUAGAAAAGGUUGCUACACCUGGUCAUGAUGAAGCAGCAGAGACACCCGUACAGCAGGUUGAAACGGAUGAGAGCAAAAAAGAAUAAUGUCUUCAAUCGCUGCGAUAGAAAUUCCAAUUUUUGUAUUAUACCAGCAUAUCGUACAGUAAAAAAAGAGGGUUCA